AUGGAUCCUGUCCGGCCACCCUUCAGGGGCCCGUCCCCCGGGCACCCGUUUGAGUGUGUACGGAUGCCAGGCCCGUGGCCACAAGCUCCUAAACCUUUGGCCUCCACUCUGGGCAGAGCAAGACCUGUAGGCAGAGGCUGCCUGUUUGGAAAGCCAGAGGAGCCAAGCCCACAGAGUGGGCCAGCGCAAAGGGAAUCUGUGGGUUUGGUCUCCAUGUUCCAAGGACUAGGCCUUGAAACUGAGCCGCAGACCCCCGUGAAGCGGGACAUGCCUUCUUUAGGCAGAGGCAUUUUAGGUCGAGGCUUGUCUAUCAGCACGGCGCACAAGGAAAAAGAAGAACCCCGUCCCGCUUGGCCAAAUCCGUCCGUGUUGGCAGCUGGGGAUAGCAAGAUGGCAGAGGCAUCCAUUGGCUGGAGUAGAGCGCUUGGGAGAGGGAAUUUGGAUGUGCCUGUGUUACCAUUGGGAAGGGCAGCUGGUGGAAUAGGCAGAGGCAUGUACAAGGCUCCCGGUGCUGUCAGCCUACCUUCUUGCGGUCCUGUCCAGCAGGCAUCGCCGCCACCUCUGCCCCUGUCCUCACUGCACUCGCUGGAUCACCUUCCGCUGGGGACUGCAGAACACAAAAAAAAAGAGCUUUUUGUGAAGCAGGGAUCAAAAGGAAUACCUCAACCUUUGGGAUUGAACCUUAUCGAAAUACAGUGUCAAAAUGAAGCAGUUUAUCAAUAUCAUGUGACUUUCAGCCCCAAUGUGGAGUGCAAAAGCAUGAGGUUUGGCAUGUUGAAGGACCAUCAGGCUGUCACCGGAAACGUCACUGCUUUUGAUGGAUCCAUCCUCUAUCUGCCUGUUAAGCUUCAACAAGUUCUUGAGGUAAAAAGUCAAAGGAAAACCGAUGGUGCUGAGAUCAGCAUUAAAAUUCAGUUGACCAAGGUCCUGGAGCCCUGUUCUGACUUGUGCAUUCCUUUCUACAAUGUCGUUUUUCGUCGGGUGAUGAAACUUUUAGAUAUGAAGCUUGUGGGGAGGAACUUCUAUGACCCGACGAGCGCCAUGGUACUGCAGCAACACAGAUUGCAGAUCUGGCCAGGCUAUGCAGCUAGCAUCCGGAGGACAGAUGGCGGUCUCUUCCUACUAGCUGAUGUCUCCCAUAAGGUCAUUCGCAAUGAUUCUGUGCUGAACAUCAUGCAUGCCAUGUAUCAGCAGAGCAAGGAAAACUUCCAGGAUGAGUGCACCAAGCUUCUGGUCGGCAACAUUGUCAUAACCCGGUACAACAACCGCACCUAUCGUAUUGAUGAUGUGGAUUGGAGUAAGACUCCAAAAGAUAGCUUCACCUUGUCUGAUGGGAAGGAGAUCACAUUCUUGGAAUACUACAGCAAAAACUAUGGGAUCACAAUUAAGGAGGAGGACCAGCCACUGCUGAUCCACAGACCCAGUGAGAGACAGAACAGCCAAGGGACGCUGCUAAAGGGGGAAAUCCUGCUGCUGCCCGAGCUUUCCUUCAUGACUGGGAUCCCCGAGAAGAUGAAGAAGGACUACAGGGCCAUGAAGGAUUUGACCCAGCACAUCAUCCUGAGCCCCAAACAGCACCAUAGUGCUUUGAAAUGCUUAUUACAGAGAAUUUCAAAGAAUGAGACAGCCAGCAGUGAACUCACACGUUGGGGACUCUAUCUGCAGAAGGAUGUACAUAAGAUUGAAGGACGUAUUCUGCCAAUGGAAAGAAUUAACUUAAGAAAUACUUCGUUUAUUACAUCUCAGGAAGUAAACUGGAUUAAGGAAGUAACCAGAGACUUUUCCAUCUUGACUGUCCCCAUGCAUUUCUGGGCACUCUUCUACCCAAAGAGAGCAAUGGACCAGGCCCGAGAACUGGUUAACAUGCUAGAGAAGAUAGCUGGCCCCAUUGGCAUGCGCAUGAGCCCGCCGGCCUGGGUCGAACUAAAGGAUGAUCGAACGGAGACCUAUAUCAGAACUAUUCAAUCCAUGCUUAGAGCUGAGGGGAAGAUACAGAUGGUCGUGUGCAUCAUCACGGGCACGCGUGACGAUCUCUAUGGGGCCAUUAAGAAGCUUUGCUGCGUGCAGGCUCCAGUGCCUUCACAGGUCAUCAACGCCCGAACUAUUAGUCAGCCCACCAAGCUUCGGAGUGUGGCCCAGAAGAUUUUACUUCAGAUUAACUGUAAAUUGGGUGGUGAGCUCUGGGGAGUGGAUAUUCCUCUGAAGCAGUUAAUGGUGGUCGGGAUGGAUGUUUACCACGACCCCAGCAGGGGCAUGCGCUCCGUGGUCGGCUUCGUGGCGAGCAUCAGCCUCACCCUCACAAAAUGGUAUUCACGAGUGGUAUUCCAGAUGCCGCAUCAAGAGAUUGUGGACAGCCUGAAGCUCUGCCUGGUGGGCUCUUUAAAAAAGUUUUAUGAGGUGAACCACUGUCUCCCGGAGAAGAUUGUGGUGUACCGCGAUGGAGUGUCUGAUGGCCAGCUAAAGACGGUUGCCAACUAUGAGAUUCCUCAGCUGCAGAAGUGUUUUGAAGCUUUUGAGAAUUACCAGCCCAAGAUGGUGGUAUUUGUAGUUCAGAAGAAAAUCAGCACCAAUCUGUACCUGGCUGCUACCGAGCACUUUGCAACUCCUUCCCCAGGGACUGUGGUAGAUCAUACAAUCACCAGCUGUGACUGGGUGGACUUCUACCUUCUUGCCCACCACGUACGACAAGGCUGCGGCAUUCCUACACAUUACGUGUGUGUUCUCAACACCGCAAACCUGAGCCCUGAUCACAUGCAGAGGUUGACUUUCAAACUGUGUCACAUGUACUGGAAUUGGCCUGGCACGAUCAGGGUUCCAGCUCCUUGCAAGUAUGCCCACAAACUGGCUUUCCUGUCAGGACAGAUCUUGCAUCACGAACCAGCCAUCCAGCUGUGCGAGAACCUGUUCUUCCUGUGA